AGGUAUUUUUUGCCAUCUCUGGAAAUUUGCCUGUAAUUCAUUUUCCUCACUGCAGUAUUGAGAAUUAUACCAAAUUGAAAAGAUAUGAAUGAAUAUCCUAAAAAAAGAAAAAGGAAGACUUUACACCCUUCUCGUUAUUCAGAUUCUUCUGGAGUAAGCAGAAUCACAGAUGGCAGCAGUGGGAUCUUUUCUGAUCAUUGUUACAGUGUCUGCUCUAUGAGACAGCCAGACUUAAAAUACUUUGACAACAAAGAUGAUGAUUCUGAUCCUGAGACAUCUAAUGAUUUGCCCAAGUUUACAGAUGGAACCAAAGGCAGAAAUAGGAAUCAGAACUACCUGGUUCCCAGCCCUGUGCUUAGGAUUCUAGACCAUACCGUCUUUUCCACAGAUAAGUCUGCUGAUGUUGAAAUCUGUGAUGAAGAAUGUGACUCCCCUGAGGCAGUGCACCCGCAAACUCAAGAAGAGAGCCCUAUAGAGGUCCACACCUCAGAGGACGUCCCCAUUGCUGUGGAAGUUCAUGCGAUUUCUGAAGACUAUGAUGUAGAGACAGAGAACAAUUCCUCCGAGAGCCUCCAAGACCAGACUGAUGAAGAACCACCAGCUAAACUCUGUAAAGUACUUGACAAGAGCCAGGCUUUGAAUGUGACUGCCCAGCAGAAGUGGCCUUUGCUGAGAGCCAAUAGCAGUGGCCUCUACAAGUGUGAACUCUGUGAAUUCAACAGUAAGUAUUUUUCUGACCUGAAGCAGCAUAUGAUCCUGAAACACAAGCGCACUGACUCAAAUGUGUGUCGAGUGUGUAAGGAAAGCUUUUCCACCAAUAUGCUUCUCAUUGAGCAUGCCAAACUUCACGAAGAAGACCCCUACAUCUGUAAGUACUGUGAUUAUAAGACAGUGAUCUUUGAGAACCUCAGCCAGCACAUUGCGGACACCCACUUCAGCGACCACCUGUACUGGUGUGAGCAAUGUGAUGUGCAGUUCUCCUCAAGCAGUGAGCUCUACCUGCACUUCCAGGAGCACAGCCGCGACGAGCAGUACCUGUGCCAGUUCUGUGAGCACGAGACUGGUGACCCUGAGGACCUGCACAGCCACGUGGUCAACGAGCAUGCGCGAAGACUGAUAGAGCUGAGCGACAAGUGCGGCAGUGGUGGGCACGGGCAGUGCAGCCUUUUAAGCAAGAUCACCUUUGACAAAUGUAAAAACUUCUUUGUGUGUCAAGUAUGUGGAUUUUGGAGCCGACUUCACACAAACGUGAACAGACACGUUGCUAUUGAGCAUACUAAGAUAUUCCCUCAUGUCUGUGAUGACUGUGGGAAGGGCUUUUCCAGCAUGCUGGAAUAUUGCAAGCAUCUAAAUUCACAUCUAUCUGAAGGGAUUUAUUUAUGUCAAUAUUGUGAAUAUUCAACAGGACAAAUUGAAGAUCUUAAAAUUCAUCUUGAUUUCAAGCAUUCAACUGACCUGCCUCAUAAGUGUAGUGACUGCCUGAUGAGGUUUGGGAACGAAAGGGAAUUAAUCAGUCACCUUCCAGUCCAUGAGACUACCUGACUGUUAUCCUUACAUAAUGUUUAUGUAAAAUAAUAAAUUCUUUUUUCAUGUGAAAA